AUGCAGUUUCGACGAGUCCCAAAUACAUAGCGACAGAGUUGGGUUGAGGCUGGGGAUCGAUAAAAGGCUGUGGCGGAGAGGUGGUGGCGGAGAAGCGGAGGCAGUGGCGGCGAUUGUCGUCGGAAUAUAUGCAAAGCAUACCCUAGUUUUUUGGAAUAUGCUCGGCAUUUUUCUCGUUUUGGCCUCCGGUUCUCUGAUCUAAGCUUUUCUUUUCCACCGAGACAUCGAAAACGUUAAACAAUUACCUAUAUUCUUCGGCCACUUCGCUUUUGUCGACAAUCGGUGCUUUGAUCCCUCUGCAUUUUUGAUCUCUCAUCGGUUUUGCUUCUGGGAGACAUUGGAACGUGAAAGGUUUUGCCUUCGUGUUGCAAUUUCGAUCUCAAAUUCACCGAUUCAUUGUCACAUGACCGGUUGAAAUAGAUUGAAAAGGAAAAACUGUUUGUUCCAUAGUAAUGCCGUUCAAAGGCAUAAUCGGGGAGCUGAAAAGGAUUGGGAACAAAUCGAGAACAAGAAGGCAAUCCGAGAGGAAGUAUAGGUCACAUAUAGCCCCGGAAAGGUCUCCAUCUCCAGCUGCAUUGGUUCAACAGAGCCAGUGGGCGAAUUUGCCUCCCGAGUUGCUUCAUGACAUUAUACAGAGGGUAGAAGACAGCGAGACCUCUUGGCCCGCCCGGCAGAGCGUGGUGGCUUGUGCAGCGGCUUGCAGGUCGUGGAGGGAAGCAACACUGGAGGUUGUUAGGACUCCUGAGCAAUGUGGUUUGCUCACUUUUCCCAUCUCAUUGAAGCAGCCGGGACCGAGAGAUUUUCCAAUUCAGUGCUUUAUAAAAAGGGAUAGAGCAACUUCAACUUACCGGUUGUAUCUUGGUUUGACUCCCGCAUUGGCAGGUGAUGCCAGUAAAUUAAUUUUGGCAGCUAGAAAGAUCAGAAGGACAACAAAGUCAGAAUUUUUGAUAUCCUUGGCCACGGAUGAUUUUUCUCAAUCUAGCAAUAAUUAUGUUGGGAAAUUAAGGUCUAAUUUCCUUGGCACCAAGUUUGUUAUGUAUGACAACCAGCCUCCACAUGACCAUGCAAUCCAAGUCAAUGGUCAAUUGCAUCAAAAAAGACAAUCAAAGAUGGUAUCUUCAGGUAAAUCAGUUCACAACUACAAUGUGGCUACCAUAACUUAUGAGCUGAAUGUUCUUCGCACUAGAGGACCAAGAAGAUUGCAGUGCGCCAUGCACUCAAUCCCCAUCUCUGCGAUUCAGGAAGGGGGCACUGCCCCUACACCAUUAACCUUUGGGAAUUGCCUUGAUAAGCAAUUUUCUAGCACACCAAUGUUGAAGGGAAAAAAAGAAACCUGUCGAGCCAGCACUAAAGAUCCAGUGAUCCUGAAAAAUAAAGCUCCUAGAUGGCAUGAGCAGUUGCAGUGUUGGUGCCUUAACUUCAAAGGGCGAGUGACAGUGGCCUCUGUUAAAAAUUUUCAGUUGGUGGCAGCUGCUGAUCCAUGGCAAGAUGUUUCAGCGGCAGAACAAGAUAAAGUACUACUACAAUUUGGAAAGAUAGGGAAAGACAUUUUUACCAUGGAUUUUCGCUACCCGCUCUCUGCCUUCCAAGCCUUUGCGAUCUGUUUAAGCACCUUUGGCACUAAACCGCUAUAGCAGCAACAACCAUGAAAGACUUUUCAGGAUUGUGUGGGUCAAAGUCACUUGGUUCCAUGAAAAGGCCUUUGAGGCAUCUUCUUUUGACUAUGAGCUUGCUUCUGA